GUUCAAACGUUUCUCCGGUAUUUUCCACUGCUGGCCGCAGAAAAUUAUUUCACUCUGACGAAUCGUUCGGUGGCAAUUCUAUAUGUUUAGCUCUGCUGGUUUCGAACAAUAAUAAUUGUCGAGUGAGCGAUUAUUUUAAGCAGCUAAAAUAGUGCGUUUGGUGCUUCAUAAACAGUGGAGCUCAGUUUAUAAAAUAAUCUUCAUCGUUCUAAAGCAUGUGAGCGCAAUAUGGAUAAGCUAACUUAUAAGGUUCGUCACUUCACGAGCGCGCAAAUUCUUUGAUAUGUUAAAAUUUUGUCAACUUGAAGUGCUUCGCGAUGUUAUCAACAUAAUUUCAUUUAUUCUAGUGAUAAUAUGUUGAAACGAUAGAUUGGCUAAGCUGUGUGUUGAAUAGAAAACGGUGAAAAUAUGACAGUGCAAGAACAGCACUACAAAUCGAGUUGUGCCUGGUACUUGGCAACCUGCUAGAUUUCUAUCAGAAGUGUUUUGAAAUCACGUAGAUUGAAGAGAUAUGUUCAUCGAAGAAUGCAAAUCCCAUACUAUUGGUUGGAACGGUGGAUAUCGUUUGGCUUUUUAAACGGCGGCUGCGGCGUGGGUGCGAAGAUGAUCCAUAUCGUUGCUUCGCUAACGGCGAUCUUUGGAGUUAUUAUUUUGCAGCAUGGUGAGGCAGUUAGCGCUUUCCACCUGGAUGUGCAACGAGUAAACCACAUUCUGUUAGAUAACUCGAAGAUCAACGAAAGAAAUUUGCAUCAAUUUCUGGAACAGCACGAACGUCUUUUGUUGUUUGGAAAAGAAAGAAUAGAUGACUUCAAACUUGUCAGCGUGACCCGAAGAAGAAGAGACACCAGGUCAGCCGGUAAAUUGGUUCAGUUUAACAUAAGUGAAAGUGAAGAUGAAAAUUUCUUUGUCAAGCUGAUAAAAUCGAAUCUCCUGAUAGACGAUUCAUUCGCGUUACUCGAAAGCUUCGAUAAUUCAACCUAUUUGCUAGGAAAUUCCUUACAACUAGUACAAAAAUAUGCAGACUGCUUCUAUCGCAGUGAUCAUGCAGCUUUCGAUCUUUGCGAGGGUGGAAUAAGAGGCGUGAUGAAAUCGAAUCAAUCAGAUUUGUUCAUUCAUCCCCUGCCAGAAAGGUUUGGAUUAGAUAACCACAUAUUGAUCAAAAGAAAUCGUACUACCCACUCAACUGCCUCUACCGAUCAGACUGAUGAAAAUGUGAUAUUUGAACCUGAUAUGUCCCUCUACGAGCCUCACUAUACCAAACCAAAGACUAAGGAUCGCAGUAAAAGGCACAUCAGCAAUACCAAAAUCCCAGACAUACUACACAUAGAGACUGCAAUAUUCAUUGACAAAGACCUCUUCAGCCACAUGUCAAAGAAUUUUCCUAAAAACACCGAAGCUCAUCUGAUCCGAUUCGUGCUGGCGAUGAUCAAUGGAGUUCAACUACUAUACAACCACCCAUCUCUGGGACAUCCUAUCAAUUUCAUCCUAAAACGCCUGGAGAUACUGCACAACGACCCGAAAGAACUUCGGAGGGCCAGUGAUAUUGAUAUUUAUCUGAACAGCUUCUGCAACUGGCAGCGGAAGCUUAAUCCUAUUUCCGAUGCUGAUCCUGUUCACUUCGAUCAUGCAGUUAUUCUGACCGGAUUGGAUUUGUACGUAGUUAGCAAAACAGGCAAGGUAAGCAAUCAGGUUGUCGGAUUGGCUCCGGUCGCCGGGAUGUGUACGAUGACUUCCAGCUGUACGAUCAACGAGGGGAAGCAUUUUGAGAGCGUUUUUGUGGUUUCGCACGAAAUAGGUCAUAAUUUAGGAAUGCGACACGAUACCUCGGAAAACAAAUGCGAUCCCAGUUUGUUCAUUAUGUCCCCAACACUGGGAAGUGGUAAGACCACGUGGUCUUCUUGUAGCCGAAAUUAUUUGGAGUCUUUUGUGAAGACAAGUCAAGCUCAUUGCCUUUUCGAUCGGGGCCAUUACGGUCCGAGCCUUGAUCACAGCGCUGCAGGAAAGCUUCCCGGGGAAAGGUUUGAUGCUGAUCAGCAAUGUAUGCUCAAGUACGGUAAGGAUAGCAUCCGGUCCCAGUCCCAGAAGCUCGGCGAUAUUUGCCGGGACUUACAUUGCCAACGGGAUCGGUACACCUGGACUUCACACCCGGCACUCGAAGGAACUUCCUGCGGAACACUUAUGUGGUGCCGAAGUGGGGUUUGCAUUUCCAGAAUACCCGGACUAACUAUUCAAUCCAGCGGGAAGCAUAUUACGGCUUUCAAAACAAUCGACAAAAAGGCCUUCAUAGAAGGGCUCAAAUUUGCCAGUUUGAAGCAGGAUGUAACGAAAGCUUUGAGUGUACUGCCAGUGUGGGAUGCCUGGGAAGGUCCGACCGAAUGUGAAUCGGGUUGUCUGUACGGCGAAUCCGGAAGACUAAAGGAAGGAAGCGUCGGGUUGCGGCAGUACAAUCGCGUUUGUUUGGAUAAAAGAAAAAGUUGUCCAGGAUCUAAUAAAAAAUAUGAAACUUGUAUAGCAAAACAGUGCUAUAACAUCGCUAGAACAACAAUACUGGAGUUUGCGAAUCAAAUAUGUGGCCGGGCCAAAGCUUUCGAUCCAGAUAUUCUGGGAUUCGGAGUGCAAAGGGUAGCUGAAGAUGCUGAGGAUGCGUGUAAAGUGUUCUGCGAAACUAAAUCCGGGGAACCGAAAACCAAAAGUUGGAUAUUUCCUGACGGGACAGCUUGCAAAGUUCAGAGCGCCGAUUUUGACGAUUAUUUUUAUUGUAUAAGCGGACGGUGUCAGCAAUUUUCAUGCAACAAUUCUGGUGAGAAUUUCUAUCGAAUUGAUCCCACGUUUUGUCCUCAACAUCAUCAACCAAUUGGGAGAAUCAGUAACAGCAUUUAUCAGGAAAACGGCAGAGAUUAUAAGAGCUUGAGCUUUGCAAAUGACAUAGCUGCUCGCAGACAUGAAAACAUAUCGAGUAGAUACGCUCAACAUAAUAUUUCGGAACGACCACGAUAUCCGGAAACGAAUUUUUACAAAGCAAAUGCCUACGGCCGUUGGAGAGCGCGAAACUUUGAGUCCGAAAAAUAUGAUACUCUGUCUCAGCUAAGAACACGGAACCAUAACUGGGAUGUAAAAUCUGGCUGUCAUUUCAGCUGUAUAGAAAAAUCUAAGGGCAUACAAAUUGUGGCCUCCAAAUCGGAUAUCCGUACAAAUAUUCAGCUAUGCACACCGAAUACAAUAGCAUGUGACAAAGUCUUAACGGCUUAUGAAUUUGCAACCCGCCUUUGCAAACGAUACCAGCUGAAGGUUCGUGGACUUUCGGGAAGUGGAAUGCAGAUAGCUCCGAGUACCGAGGAUCCGGAUCGUAGCUGCAGGGUAGCCUGCCAGGAUAGUAUGAUUCGACAUCGCUUUUAUUUAGUUAAUGGAGAGCAAGGACAUUUUCCAUUCGGAACCCGCUGUAAUCAUGACGAGCCCAACAGAUUUUGUGUCAAUGGGAAGUGUUUGCGAUUUGGUGAUGAUAACACUCCAAUCAGUGAAUCGUACAACAGUCUUGCCCAUUUGAGGAGUAGGAGAAGCCUAACAAGGAUUAAACGGCAUUUCGAUUUCUACGCCCCCAUCAAUAUUACGGAACGAAUAAGCCAAGAAUAUUUGGAUAAUCUAAUAGCGAACCUUGAUUUUACUCAUCAGCCAGAUGACGUGCUAGAGGAAAACAUCGAUUUCAGAGAUCCAAUCUAUUUUCGGCCGCUGAACAUCAACUGAAAUGACAUCGCCAAAUGGUAUUUGAUUUUGGAUAUCGAAUUUUUAGCAAUACACCGCAAAAAAAAGUAUUCGACUGUAUUUAUAAA